AAACUCCUCCUCCUCCUUGGAAUGUUAUCCCCAAACUCUCACACUAAUCCUCAAAAUUCUUAAACUCACUCCCUCUCUCUCAUUCCUCUUAAGUUCUUCCUCCUAAGAGAGACAGAGAGAGAGGGAGACUGAGAGAGAAAAUGGCAGCUUGCACAGUGUACACAACACAAUCUCUCAACACAAAUUGUUCCUUCACAACCCGAUCAAAAACCCACCUGGGUUUUCACCAAAAACAGGUUCUUUUCUACAGAAGCAGAACCAGCAGCAACAACAAUAGCAGCAGCAGACGAUGGGUGAUAACAUGCGCUGCAGGUGACUCACAGACAGUGGUGAUUGGUCUAGCAGCAGACUCAGGAUGUGGGAAAAGUACCUUCAUGAGGAGGCUUACCAGUGUGUUUGGAGGCACAGCAGAACCACCAAAAGGAGGGAAUCCAGAUUCCAACACACUCAUAAGUGACACAACCACUGUGAUAUGUUUGGAUGAUUAUCACUCACUUGACAGAAAUGGAAGGAAAGAGAAGGGAGUCACAGCACUUGACCCAAGAGCCAACGAUUUUGAUCUCAUGUAUGAACAAGUUAAGGCCAUCAAGGAAGGAAUUGCUGUGGAAAAACCCAUUUACAACCAUGUCACUGGUCUCUUGGACCCACCUGAGCUCAUCAAGCCACCCAAGAUCUUGGUCAUCGAAGGCUUGCACCCAAUGUUUGAUCCUCGUGUCAGAGAACUAUUGGACUUCAGUAUCUACUUGGACAUCAGCAAUGAGGUGAAAUUCGCCUGGAAAAUUCAGAGAGACAUGGCAGAACGUGGGCAUAGCCUCGAAAGCAUCAAAGCUAGUAUCGAAGCAAGAAAACCCGACUUCGACGCUUAUAUUGAUCCUCAGAAGCAAUAUGCAGAUGCAGUGAUAGAAGUGUUGCCAACACAAUUGAUACCAGACGAUAAUGAAGGGAAGAUAUUGAGAGUGAGAUUGAUACAGAAAGAAGGGGUUAAGCAUUUUAGCCCAGUUUACUUGUUUGAUGACGGCUCUACCAUUUCCUGGAUUCCUUGUGGAAGGAAGCUCACUUGCUCUUACCCUGGCAUCAAAUUCUUCUAUGGUCCUGAAACUUACUAUGGUCAUGAGGUAUCAGUUGUAGAGAUGGAUGGGCAGUUUGACAGACUAGAUGAGCUAAUAUACGUUGAGAGCCAUCUAAGCAACCUGUCAACCAAGUUCUAUGGAGAAGUUACACAACAAAUGUUGAAGCAUGCGGAAUUUCCCGGCAGCAACAACGGCACAGGUCUUUUCCAAACCAUAGUUGGCUUGAAGAUCAGAGAUCUGUUUGAGCAGAUUGUAGCAAGCAGGUCUCAGACACCAGUAAAAGCAGCUAAAGCUUAAAAAAAAAAAAAACUGCCUUCUGUAAACAUGUUGGAAGAAGGCAUGCAAUGAAUCCUUAAAAUGAGUUCUUUUCAUGUUUUGCACUUCUUCCUCCUGUGUCUCCUAUGUUGUUUUUCUGGUCUUGGGCUGUUCCUCUUGUUAAUGAGAACCGUUCUGCAUGUACUUAUUUGAUCUGUUGUAACUCAUGACAUAGAGAAGCAAAAGUAGAGAUGAGUUUUCGGUUUAUAAGUCCACAGAAGAGUGAAACUCGCUUUUCUUUUUA